CACGCAAAGCAAUAUGGUCAAGAUUCUAAAUUGAUUAACUUGAUAAAGAAUAUUAUCAAGGAUUAUCCUCAUGAAUCCUUCUUGCAAAAUGCAGAUGACGCAGGAGCUCGAACCUUUCGUGUCACCGUUGACGAACGUAAAACAAAUCAAUGUGAAUCUUUAAUAUCCGAUGGAAUGAAAGAUUGGCAAGGUCCUGCGAUCUGGAUUUAUAAUGAUGCAAUGUUUAAUGAACAUGAUUUCAAUGCACUACUUAAUAUUCAUGAAGGAGGCAAACGUUCUGAUCCUACAAAAAUUGGAAAAUUUGGAAUUGGAUUUAAUUCAUGUUUUCAUUUUACUGAUGUUCCUAGUUUCGUUAGUGGCAAAUAUAUACAAUUUUUAGAUCCACAUGAAAAAUUUCUUGGUAAACAACGUGGUCUUCAAAUUAAUUUCCUUGAAAAUGAUAAAUUCAAACAUUUAUUUAAAGAUCAAUUGGCUCCGUAUAUUGGGGUGGAAGGUUGCAGAUUUGAUAAAGAAUUUAAAGGAACUUUAUUCAGAUUACCUCUUCGUAUUCGUCCAAGUGAAAUUUGUGAUGAAAUCUUUAAUACAACUAAAAUUUUAAACUUUUUAGAAAAAUUAAAAUCUAGUGCAACUUCUGAAUUACUCUUUUUCCGUAAUAUAGAAUCUUUUGAAGUUAUGCAUAUAACUUCUAAUUCUUCUCCUAAUCAAGUUUUAUCAAAAUGGAAGGUUAAUUUAACCAAUAUUACUAGAGAUAUUCAAAUUAAAAGGCGUUAUACAGAUGACAAAUUUACUUCGUUUCGUUUAAAUGUAGAAUUUCAUGAUGGUACCAAAAGUGUUUCUAAUUUAUGGCAAGUGUGUAUUGGUGGUCAAAAAUCUAUAGUAGAUGAAGAAUUAAUUAAAUUUGCAGAACGUCAUCGAAUGUUGCCACGAGGUGGUGUUGCUGCUUUAUUACCCUUAAGUAACGAAUCUGAUAAAAAUAGUGAUGAUGGUCGGUUAUACUGUUACUUACCUUUACCUCAAGUAACAUACCUCCCAGUACAUCUUAACGGUAAUUGGGCAUUGUCAUCGGAUAGAUCUACUGCCCUCUUGAACAAUGAUUCGUUAGCAGAUAUGGACAAAUCUAAAUUGGCAUGGAAUCGAUAUUUGUUAUUAAAAAUCUUACCUCAUCUUUAU